AACUAAAUAAUGUUUAAUGUCCGCAUUACAGUGGUGAAUAGACACUUUAGCAGCACAGUUUUGCUAUACUGGAGUUGGAAUUUCGUAGCAUGUUUCUAUCGUGGCGGAAUUACCGCGACAUACUCUUAACGUAGCUCGUAAAAGUCAAAACAUUUUUUGUGGGGGGAUCGAAUGUAUUGGUUGUUGAAGGGAGUAGUAUGUGUGAAUUUGUCAAUAAUCGUGCUAUUACGUUAAAAGUAACGUUUUUGUUUAUUACGAUGUGGUUUGUCCUUGAGUGAACCACAUCCGAAGACGACCACUUUGACAUUCGCCACAUUGAAAAAUAAGUACAAGGACGUUGACCCGUCAGGGAUUGUGUGUCUCCAGGCAGCAGUGCAGCGUCCUCUUCGUAAGGCAUGCUGCUCCAAUGGGAACGACCGCCAAGGAGGAGAUGAACAAGUUUUGGGCCAAAAAUACGAGAUUGAACCGACCCAUGUCUCCUCACAUUACUAUUUACAAAUGGUCAGUCCCCAUGAUGAUGUCCAUAACACACAGAGGAACCGGAGUAGGCCUCAGUGGAGCUAUUUCCGCCUUCGCCAUGGCUGCUCUGCUUUUGCCCAGUAGUUUCCCGCACUACCUGGAUCUCAUCCACUCACUCUCGGUCGGCCCCUUCCUCAUUGGCCUGGCCAAGGUGGGCAUCGCCUUUCCUGUGUCCUACCACACCUUCAACGGAAUCCGCCAUUUGUGGUGGGAUCUCGGAAAAGGCUUCAAAAUUCCAGAGGUGUACCGCAGCGGCUACACUGUAAUCGGCUUGUCCGUCAUCACCGCCGUUGCUGCUGCCACGCUCCUGUAAAGGUCACUCCGCAGAGGCCAAGUGCAUUGUGGAAAUUAUGGUUUUGUGUAUAUGUUAAGCUAAUAAAAAAAUAAAUGAUUAUGUAUAUGAUGUA